CCUAGCGGUGCCUGUCAGAGCGGCUGGCGGCAGCGGCGGCUCUCGGGGCUGGGUUGUCAGUCAGUGAGCGGAGGGGGAAGAUGGCUCGCCGGGACGCGUUCUGUUAGCAGGAAGGGGGGCAGGUGGUGCUGCUACUCGGGAGGAAGCAGAGCAGCCGCGGUCGCUGUCGCCGCGAGGCACACUAGUCGAGGUUCUGAGGUGGAGCUCGGGGAGCCGCUCUGGUCGAAGGUCUAGAACAGAUGUGGAAAGAUGUUCACUUCAGAAAAAGGGGCUGUGGAGGAAUGGUUGUCAGAGUUUAAGACACUACCAGAAACAUCUUUAUCAAAUUAUGCUACAAAUUUGAAAGACAAGAGUUCUUUAGUUUCAUCUCUGUAUAAAGUUAUCCAGGAACCACAAAGUGAGUUGCUAGAACCUGUCUGUCACCAGCUGUUUGAAUUCUAUCGCAGUGGAGAAGAACAGUUGCUUCGAUUUACACUGCAGUUUCUUCCAGAAUUGAUUUGGUGCUACCUUGCAGUCUCAGCCAGCAGAAAUGUGCAUAGCAGUGGAUGUAUUGAAGCUCUUCUUCUAGGGGUUUACAAUUUGGAAAUAGUUGACAAACAGGGACAUAGCAAAGUAUUGAGUUUUACGAUUCCAUCUUUAUCCAAACCAUCUGUAUAUCAUGAACCUUCCAGCAUUGGGUCCAUGGCUCUGACUGAGAGUGCACUAUCCCAGCAUGGUUUGUCAAAAGUUGUGUACAGUGGACCUCACCCCCAAAGGGAGAUGCUGACAGCACAGAAUAGGUUUGAAGUGUUAACAUUCCUUUUGUUGUGUUACAAUGCUGCCUUAACCUACAUGCCCAGUGUUUCUCUUCAAUCAUUGUGUCAAAUUUGUUCAAGAAUCUGUGUUUGUGGCUAUCCCCGACAACAUGUAAGAAAAUACAAAGGUAUAAGUAGCAGGAUACCAGUUUCUUCAGGAUUCAUGGUGCAAAUGUUAACAGGGAUUUAUUUUGCCUUUUAUAAUGGAGAAUGGGAUCUAGCUCAAAAAGCAUUGGAUGAUAUUAUAUACAGAGCUCAGCUAGAAUUAUAUCCAGAGCCAUUGCUGGUUGCUAAUGCCAUAAAGGCUUCACUGCCUCAUGGUGCCAUGAAAUCUAGUAAGGAGGGUACAAGGUGUAUUCAAGUUGAAAUCACACCAACUUCCUCUCGAAUAUCAAGAAAUGCAGUAACCAGCAUGUCAAUAAGAGGUCAUAGGUGGAAAAGACAUGGAAAUACGGAAUUAACAGGUCAAGAAGAACUGAUGGAGAUAUCUGAAGUUGACGAGGGAUUUUAUUCCAGGGCUGCAUCUAGUACUAGCCAGUCUGGUUUAUCAAACAGUAGUAACAAUUCUAGUAACAAGACAAGUGUAGGAAAGACUCAGAGACGCUCAGCAGGAAGCAAAACUGGAGGAAAAGAAAAAGAAACUACAGGGGAGUCUUGCAAAGAUCACUUUGCCCGAAAACAAACUCAAAGAGCCCAGAGUGAGAAUCUUGAGCUUCUCUCUUUGAAGAGACUGACAUUAACUACCAGCCAAUCUCUCCCUAAACCUUGUAGCCAUGGUUUGGCUAAGACUGCUGCAACUGUGUUUAGUAAAUCCUUUGAACAAGUCAGUGGUGUCACAGUCCCACAUAAUCCAUCAUCUGCGGUUGGCUGUGGGCCUGGGACAGAUGCCAAUAGGUUUUCUGCUUGUAGUCUCCAAGAAGAAAAGCUUAUUUACGUUUCUGAAAGGACUGAACUUCCAAUGAAGCAUCAAUCAGGUAGGUUGUUUUCCUAUAAUUCAAAGCACACAUCAUUGACAACUUCCUGGAAAUCAUUGAAAAUCGUGCAACACAGCUCUCAAGAUACCAAUGUCAACCAUAUAAUACUGAAUUGUUUGUCGGAAAAUGAAGGAUAUUAGGUAAAUUUUUUGUUUAUAAAAUGUCAUAAUAGAAAAUAUAGAGAAAUAUGGACAAAGGACAAUUAUAUAUUAAGUAAUUUAGGUUAUUUGUAUUUGUGUUCUUAAAAUUAAAAUUAUAAAAUGUGAAAAAAAAGUUUUGUUUGUGAACAAGCCUAUUUUAAAUAUUGUUAUGAUAGAAAGAAUAAUCAAUGUAGUUGCCCCCAACCAAAAUAAAAAUUAAAAAGGCAAAAUGGCAGAAGCUAAACAAACCAGUAUGUACUAUGGAGAACAUGUGACCUCUAGAUAGACAUAAAAGUUUGGUGUUUGCUAGUGGUGGUCAUUUUGGCUAUGGUUGAGGUUCUCUGUAAAUUAAGUAUACUUAACUAAUAAGUCAGAGGGAGAGAGAGAGAAAGCAAGAAUGAGGAUGAGAGUAAGUUGAUUAGGAAGGAAGACCUAGGACGUCCCCUCUUUGUCGUUUUCACUGUUAGUACACAGUAGUUUCCUUAUUCCCAGUCCCUAGCUGUGGUCACACAGAACAUACUAGUUUUCAUUUUGUGCCUGCUUGUGCAGAGCUCAAAUGUAAAAAAUUUGUAUGUCCUGAGGAGUACUAAAUCAUACACCAUGAAUGUAAUUUUGACCGUAACUGCUUUGGCUACCAUUUUAAAUCUAGUUCUUAAAAAAGCAUGAACUAGUUUUUAUUCAUUAAUUCUGAAUAGAAUAUGGUUUUUAAUAUAAAUGAAUUUGAGGUUUUUAGUUCCAGUAAUAGAGAUGGAAUAAGAUCUAUUGGUAUAUAUUGUAAUAGUUUAAAAAAAAAAAAGACAACUAGACAGUGAAAGUUGAUACUGUAUUGAUUUAACAGGAAUCCUGUGUACAAUUUAAAAUAUUUUAAAAUGUCACUGUGAAUUUCCUAUUGUCUUUUUGUAAUCCUUUAACAAAGAAUUUCCCCUAAGCAUGUAGCUACUAAUAGUAUUGAUAGUCUUAAGAACUAAUUUAGAAGAUUGACAUUUUAAGCAAGUUAAAGUGCUUAGGAAACUUGUAGAAUAAGAUUGAGGAAACAGCUAGCACAAAUGAGAGAUCAGAUUUUAAUGAUCAACUGCUGUAAUGAUCUUCAUUUUGGUAUUAUUCUAGAUCAUUGCUGCUCCUAUGAUCUGAGGACCAGUAUGUAGUUGGCAUCACUAGGCAUCUUGUUAAAAAUGUAGAAUUUCAGAGCCUCUUUCGAUCUAUUGAAUCAUAGUCUGCUUUUUAACAAGAUCAUCAAGUGAUUUUUAUGCACGUUAAAGUUUGAGAAGAGAGUAUCAAAGUACAAAUUACCUAAUAUUUAGAAUUCUCAGUGUCUCACAAUCCUAGAUCAAGUAUGUUAGGUACUAAAUAUCGUAAUCUUCAUUGUUUUUAACAGCCAAUGAAUUUUUUAAUAGUGUCCAUGAUACUUAUUAGAUCCUUUAAUUCUAAAUUUUAAAUGACUUUCAUUUAUUUUUACAAUAAAAUGUAACAUUUUAUAUUUUUCUUGUUAACUAUAAAUGGAAUCAGCUACAGAUGCCUACAAUUUUAAUGCAAAGGGUACCACCCUUUUAUACAAUGCAGAACAAAUCUGCAUGUGUAUAUUCUUUUAAAGACUCUGAAGGCUUACUUAGUGGAGUGGAUCUGAAUUUUUGCUUCAAAUAAUUUGUAACAGUUGAUUUUCUGGGAUGCAAUGCUACGUUAACAGUAAAAUUAUUUUAUAGUACCUUUGAUACUGUUUCAAGUGAAGAUUAUACAUUUGAAAUUUUUUAUAGCAAUUAUUAAUAUUGGAUAAUGCUAAUCCCUUUACUCUCUUCCCAUUCAUCUUUCCAUAUUGAGUUGAAGUCAUGUUUGUAGGUUGUUUUCUUAUGAAAAUCCUAGAUGUAGCCAUUUGGUCGCAGAUCUCCUACAUAUCCAGAAUAAUACCCUUUACCACAAGAAGAAUUCUGCCCCAGCAUGGGUCCUUACACCCCAUACUUCGAAAUUGUAGUUCCAUUCCACAGUUUAAGCCAUUAGAGGUUCUUGAAAUUACCCAACCUCUUACUCUUCAAAUACCCAACUACUGGGAUAUUCUAGUGAAGCUGGGCCCCAGCAUUUGCCUUUGGAAUGAAGUAGGGAGAGAAAGUAGAAUUUUCAAGAGGAUCCAGGACAGUUGAGCACCCUGGAAUCCCUUGUACACCACCAUGGAACUUUUUAAGGCAGCUCUGUAGACUUGAGGGGUAGAAAUCCUCAGUCCUUAAAUGAUGACAAUUUGUUUUGAAAAAGCAAUAUUUCAUGGCCAUUUUCAAUUAUGAAUCAACUGCUUAGCAAACAUUACUUACUUACAUAAAAACAAGUUGAAUUAAAGGGAAAUAUAUUUUUUAAACCAAAAUAGAUAAAAACGAUCUCAGUUUUAAGGGAUUAUGCCUAUUUUGGAAGAAAAAAUUAAAAUGUUAAAACUUUUACAUUUAAAUUAUAAGAGAAAAAAUGUACUCUGAAACAUAAUUUUAAACAAAUAUUUAAAAUAAGGCUGUUUAACAUUUGAGUAUAGGCACAAUAAAUUUACACUUUAUUAAAGGGAAGCACAUCAAGGAAUCUAUAUGGUAAAUAAUGUGACUGAAAAAAUGUUUUUAAAAAAGCCAUUUAAAAGAAGGAUAAUAAUUUGAUGGGUAUAUAAAUUAAGCAUUGUAGAUAGAAAUUAAUGUAAAAUAGUAUCAACCCAACCUUUGGAUGAAAAAUAAAAACUCACUAUUUCUUUAAUUAGCAUGAAUUUAUACUUUUAGAUUAGUUGCUUAGUAAAAUUAUACUCAGUGCUUUGAGUUAUUCACAUUUAUGUUUAAUUUUGUUAAAUUCUUUAUCAGAACAUAAAUAUGUUGUCUUCUGUACUUUGUAACUUGUGCAUAUCUAAAGAGACUAGCAGUGAACAUUUUGGAAGAUGUUUUUGUGUGUUUUUUUAAUAGUAGAGUUCUAGAAUACUUGUGUCUUGAUAUGAAGUUUCUAUUAGUAAACUCAAGAUCUUAUUUUGCAUACCUUUGCUUCUUCCUCUAAUGUGGAGUUUUUUGUGUACCUCUUCUAAUCAUAUAGUGAUACUAAUCUUUUCAUAGUAAAUAUACUUGUUUCUAAUUGUAUUCCUAGAGUUUACAUUCCUGAAGAAUAAACUAUGACUUUGCAUAUUUUUAUGUGCUCCCUACCUUUUUAAGGCUAUGGAAAUAAACUGGAGUUUAGCUUUUUGAAGUUUUGUAUAUUUGUGUAAAUGUUGUCCAUAUGCAAUACUUUAUACAGCAGUGUUGCCUUUUGUUUUAUUGAAAAUAAAAACUGAAAAAAUA